AGAACGACGUCGUGUUCAUUUCCUCUUUUUGACCUCCUGAAAUAUGCUGGUCUCUCUCUGUGGAGUACGAACAAUAUUCUGGCAAUUCGAAUCAAACGAAAGUCUCGCUGUAAGAAAUGUCGAAAUCCUUCUCACCUCUUCUUCAUCAUCACAUCAUCGAAUUAUCCGAACCAAUCCGAGAAUCUCUAUCAAAAGCGCACUACACUCCGCCAGAAGCCUCCAAUGCCUCCGUCAAAUCCCUACUCCAGUCCCUCCUUCCCCAAGCCAACUCACUACCAAACCCUACCACCUCACUAUCCGAAAUCAAUGAUUUCACCCUCUGCUGCGCCGCCUUAUCUUCCUCCGCAGACGCCACCUCCGACCACCUCUCAUGGAUCCCGACUUCCCUCUCCGUUUCCGCCAACUCGGCCUUCCGAACCCUCUCGAAAGCGUUUUCAGACGGUUUAGGGCAAGGGGUGGGGACGAAGAUUGGGGAAUUAGGCUUGGAUUCGGGGUUGUUGAAGGAGGAAGAGAAAUUGGUGGUCGAGUUGAUGGGUGAAGUGUUGCCUUUACUGAAGGAGAGAAUUAAGGAGAGUUCGAUUGGGAAGGGGGAUGAUGGCGAUGAAAUAUCGGCUGCAGUGGCGAGGACUCCGGUUGCGUAUGCUGUUGUGGCUGCUUAUCAGUUUAGAUGGUUUGUGACGCAGGUUGAAUACCCACAUUUGGGGAAGUUGUGUUCUCUGGUUAUUCCUUGUGCAUUGACAUGUCUGGAUCACUGGUCGCCGGAGGUGAAAGGACAGGGCAUGAUUAGCCUUAUACAUCUUGCAAAAAAUGUAAAUGCUGCAGAGCUUAGUUGGUACGAAGAUGUAAUCCUUGAUGCAUGCUGUCAGAAUAUUGCUUCUAGCGACGAAAUAUGGCACCUUGUGGUUGAAAUGUCAGUUGUUCUUCUGACUUGUAUCCAGCGAAGUAAUCCUCGCAGCUCAUGGUUUGAAAGGAUGCUAGGUGAGAUGUUAAGUCACUUGGAGCGACAACCACGAAAUAAGGAGCGCCGUGUAGCAUGGCUUAAGCACAUUGAUCAACUAUUCAAUGUAAUGGGUCUUGUAUUGCUAGCUCAUUUCAGACGUAUAUUUCCACUCUUCUUUAAGUGGAUGCAUGCUGAUGAUGAUGAAACCACUUUACUGGUUCUAGAGCGGAUGCAUACUGUUGUAAAAUUAACUUGGAUAAGGAACACACCAUUUAUUGAAAGAUUGGUAGAUGAGCUCACAACUUUACACAAGGAGGCAGCAUUGAAAAUUGCUCGUGAGGAGAUUAGAGCACAUAUUCUUCAGAUACUAAUAUUGCUUCAGCAAUGCAAAGGCUCGCAGUUUGAGGCAGCUUGGGACAAGCACAAGGAUGACCCGAACUUGACUGCUCUCAAACCAUCUCUGAGUGGAACACAUGCUACAAUGGUUGUUAAAUGAUAAUUCGGAAUAAUCUGAGAUAUUAGAUGCCACAGAUUUGAAUUUCCGAAAAGGAUCAUCACCGAGCAGUUCUAUGUAAAAAGAAGCAUAUCUUCUGGAUCCAAAGUUCCUUGUACAUAGGUAACAAGCUCUUAGUCACAAACUUACUAUUUAUGGGUUGAUGUUUUCAACCACUGAAAAAAGCUAGAUAUUAAUUUGGGAGUGGAAAACGGGAUGCUUAACACUCAAAUAGUUAGACAUACCGUGCUUUUACUCUUAAUUUUUGCUUGAGCUAGCCUAGUAGUGUUGAACCUUGUGUUGGCGGGAAAGUUGGUCAAAAGUAGUAUUAGGGUGUUUUCUGUUUUGGUAGAGAAUGUUUCAGAUAGACUGCACUGGUAGGUGAUCGGCUCCUAUACAGGGAGAGUAGCUGUGUGAGAUGGGUACUUUGUAUCUUUCGCUGUAUUGAGACUCUUCUUUCUUUCGUAAUAUAAGUUUUAAGAGUCUGCCAUUGGCAAGACUCGGUUCUUCUCUUGUGUUCAA